CUCGGCGCGCCGAGUGGCCACGCAUCGCCGCGUCGAGACCGAAACCCAGGCUCGGGCGCGGGGUCAGGCCCAGUCUCAGGCUCAGGCUCAGGCUCAGCCUGCAGGAACCGAGAGGCGGCGGCGAUCGAUGGCGAGGCCGCUCAGCGUGCAGUCUUCUGUCAACGGCAGCCGGCCUCGGCGCGCACUCUCGAUGUACGACGAAGACCAGGAGCCCAGCCAGCCGCCGUCGGGCAUCGACGACGUCCUGGCUCAGAUGCAAUUUGACGAAGGCAGCCAGCCUCCGUCUCAGAUCCAGUCGCAGCCACGCCACUCUCCUUCUCAAUCUUAUUCUCAGUCUCAUUCCCAGAUUCAUUCCCGGUCUGAUUCCCAGGAGCAGGAGCAAAGGCAGGACCAGCACCAGGAGCAGAGGCAGGAGCAGGACCUCAAUGGCAAUGGCAAAGAAAUGGGCGACGACAGCGACAGCGACUCGUCGACGGCGACUGUAUCCUCACCCGAGCCACCGCGGCAGGCGCACGCGCCCUCGACAGACGAGAUCGUCGCCACGCUCGAGGCACUCCUCCGCCACUCGCUCGCUGGCGCGCCCCUGGGCCAGGGCAUGCUCCUCAGCCUCCAGGUCGUCGCCGCCUUUUCGCCCACCGACGUGCUCGACCGCCGCGACGAGGGAAAGGCCUUCUGGGACCUCGCCCUCGCCGCGCUCGCUGCAUCGCGCUGAGCCGCAGGCAUGUGUAGUAUCAUCGAAUCGCCGUUCUGUAUUUCCAAUUUUGUAUUUCUUGUCCGCAAUGGCAUACAU